AUGUCGGAGGGAAAUACGAAGAAAAAACAUAAAAGAUCUCAAGGAAAGCAAUGUGCUGCCUGGGGAUGCAAUAAUCGUAGCCUGGUUGAAUUUGAAAAUGAAUUAAUAUCUUCAACCAUAAGUUUUUUUAAAUUUCCGAAAGAUUCAGGAACAAGGAAAGUGUGGUGCAGCCGAAUUAAACGUAUUGAUGGACAAGACAACUUUAGAGUAACCAGCCAUACUGUGCUGUGCGAAAAACACUUUGCAAAAAGUGAUAUAAUAAAAGCCCCUGGAGGGACACGCCGCAGAUUGAGAGAUGGAGCCAAACCUACACUAUUUGAAAAUGUGGAGGAUUUUAGCAAAAGAAAAGCUCCUGUUAACAGACCAUCUCCUCGAAAAAAAUUUAGAGAAACAUCCACUCUAAUUCCUGAUGAGACUGAUAUAGGGGAUGAUUCCACUGAAUUUGUAGCUGAGCCAGACUUUAUUAUGAGGGAGGAACCAGACAUAGAAAUGUUGAAACACAAACUCAUGGAAAAAAUUUCUACAGUUAAAAUAAAAUUUGUCGAAAAUGUUUUGUCAUCUGAUGCAUCAUGUAAACAUUACACUGGCAUACCAAACAUCGAAGUGUUUAAAGAAUUAUUAAUUUUUUUAAACCCAGGACAAAAUGGAGAAAAUGUUAUUCUUUACAAUAAUCAAGAUGUCAAAGGUUUUAGUGAUAGAGGUAGACCACGUACGCUGUCCCCUCUUGAAAGUUUUUUAUUGACCCUUGUUAGAAUGCGAAGAAACUUUGAUGUUUGCCAUUUAUCAUAUUUGUUUGAAGUGUCUGAAGGUACUGUAACAAAUACUUUUCAAACGUGGAUUGUGUAG